AUGGACGCCCGGUGCCAAUGCGGCGCGGUGGCCUUCAAGACACCGCUACCCAAACCCUUGAGGUUGUAUGUCUGCCACUGUGAUGAGUGUAAGCGGCAGACGGGGUCUGCGUUCGGGACUUCGGCGAUUUUCCCUAGGUUCCAGCUUCCUCCGCUAGAGUUGCUGGGGGUUUACUCGAGGCCGACUGCGACGGGCACGACGCUUCAUUGCUACUUUUGUCGAAACUGCGGCACAAGAUUGAUACACAGCACACCGGACAAGAAUGUCGUUUCGGUCAAAGGCGGCUGCAUCGAGGGCCUCGACUGGAAGACGGCGGUGCACAUCUGGACCAAGAACGCGAUGGUCCCCAUCCCGGAGGGGGCCGAGACCCACCGCGAAGAGGCCGAGUACACCGACUACGGCGACACGCAGGAGGCGCUGGACCAGCCGACGGAUCUGCGGGGGAACGGCGGGUGUGCCGGAACACUGAAACCCGCCGUUAAGCCGGUUUGCGACUACAACGUCUGA